GGGGCGAAUUAUUGAUUAAGCGGAUUGAGCAUGCUCAAUAUUCGGUGACACACGAGAAAAACCACUUUUACACAAUAUGUUCGGGUAGAUAGGCGUUCGUGGUAAACAAAUCCCUCAAAAUGGAAGAUUUGUUGCUAAGCAUUGUAAAAGAGGCCGGUGGCUCUAAGUUGGUGAACUUAAAGCAAAGAGCGCAGGAGGCUCAUGAUUUGCUUUCUGCACAAAACAAUUUGAUGAGGAACUCUUCUCAUGAACUCAGAACAGCUUGCUUUCAACCCUUAAAGUUGGCUCUGGAAUCCAAACGAAGCAAACUGGUAGCUCUAUCUCUAACAGGACUCAACAAAAUAGUCCGAGACGAGCGCUUUCAGGCCGGAACUGAACCUGAAGACGAUUCCCUCUGGCUUCCGGCUCAACUUCUUCUAGCCACUUCCUCGAUUUUGUCGCAAUGCGAAGACACGCAAGUUCAUAUACUGCGUGUGGUGCUGAACCUGGCUUGCUCUGCAAGUUGGGCUUUAAACGGAAGACUGGUAAUGUUGAUGAUUAGUAGAUGCGGAGAGGCUUACGAGACUGGAACGCAGCCCGUGAGGGCUGCAGCACAAGCGGCGGCCAGCCAGACUUUAACCGCCUUUUGUACCUUCUUAGAUGAGGAGUGUCAGGAGAUUCUGCAGCACCAGCUGAAGCACAAGAACUCUGGAGGAAGUGCAGAGAUGGUGUACACCAAAACCUCCGCGGUAGCAUGCUUCAAUGAAGCUAUACCUGUAAUGCAGUACCUCUGUAGUCGAUUGGAGGAAAUUAAGACGUUGCCAAAAACCACCGAUAUGACAGUAUUCCUAUUAGAAUGCUUGUUAACUUUGGUUAACACUCUCCCGCAUAGCGUCCAUUCCAACAUACACUUCACGACUUUUUUGUGGCAACGAUUCUGCCCUGCUUUGCUCUCCUUGCUUGGGGCACCUGGCGAUCCAGCUUCGCAAGGUCUAACCACAAACCAAUCGAAAAUAAUCUACAGCAUCGGCAUACAAGUUGUGCGAUUAGUAGGUCGCGAGAGGGCUUUGAGACCCGUACUGGAAGCUCUCUUUCACAGAAUGUUGCUUCUGCCAAGCCCCACGAAAAGGCUGGAACCUCUUAGAGCCGCUAGAGAGCUCUUAAGAUCGCCUGGGAGGUUAGCGGACCUGUUGCUACUCAGCGGUCCGAUUCAUAGACAUGCUGGCGAUGAUAUGGCCAUCAUAAGACUUAUCAUGGACUCCAUUGAAGAGUCGUCGCAAUGCAACGACACUGGGGUUCUUCUAGCGAGCGUAGAGUGCAUUGGAGCUCUACUUGGCUCUCUAGAAUCUUUAUGUCGCGGUGAAGGCGUCAACCUCGAAGACGCGGAGAUGGCAACAGCGCGUUAUCCAACCUUGGAACAUGCGGACUAUACGGGACCUUUGACCUAUCAAUCUUUGGCGAGACUGCCGAAACCUUACAGAGACGUCGUGGCGAAUUUAAGGUACCAAAGCGAUUCAGACAGCAGCGGUAUCGAAGGCAACAUUCCUGAUCUAGAAGGCGGUUCUGAGUCGGAUUGUUCCGGCGCUACAGAAGGCCCGGAGGAGUUUGGAAGCCAGUCAGAGGAUAGUAUAAUGGACGACGAAAGCUUUCUUACGAGCCAGCAGCUGCAGAAGCUGCACAAAAUACCGAAAUCGCUGAAUUUAGGCCGCACUGGGAUAGAAGAGUGCAACACCGAUGUCGAACGGCAUAAUUCCAGACAUUUUGUCAAAACUUUGCAGCACAUUUUGUUGCCAAACUUGAUGUCACUGAGGUCUUCCAUACAGGUGGAUGAGGUGUUGCAGGAGUUCGCUUCCAAGUGCUGCCAACACAACUCGGCGCAAAAUUAUGAGUUUCCAACAAUCAUGAACGCGGAUGGGAUAUACUUGGCUACAUACUCCGCCUUACUAUUGGAUUUGAAGCUGAUACAGACUGGGCAUUACGACGAGACGAAUAAAGGGGCUACAGUUCCAAUCACAGAGGCGCAGUUCGUCGAGGAAAUCCACGGCAGCGGGGUGUUGGUGUACGUUUCGGCAACGUGGCUAUGCGAGUUGUAUCAAAACGUGCUAGCCAAGUCUUUACUGCUAUCCUCUGGGUACGAUCCGAAAUCCAGUCAACAGGUAGCCCUCAUAAAUCUACUGACAGACGUGGGGGGUCUCUGUCCUUCGCAACUGCUGACAGACUGGCAGAAGCUGCAGAAAGUUACCGGUACGCCAGACAGCAGUCCGGAGAUAGAGGCGGGGAUUAGAUUGUCGCGACGCGUUUUGACUUGUUGUUGGACCUCGGUGGUGUCGGUAUUGGGGGCGCCUUUGGGAGAACCACCACGCGCAACCGGUACUUCAACCUUGAGCAGGUUGGUCGCUAGAAGGGCUAGGCAGAAGAACCGUCAAAGAAUAAGGGACGAUAUCAUCACAGCGAGCUUGGAGGGGUUACACAAAGCGGCAAGUCUAAGUAAUACGUUGAAACUGCAAUCCAGAAGCAGCAGUAUUUUGGCGCUACUAUCGACUUCUUCCUGCAAGGUGCAAGGCCCAAAGUUACCGGCAUCACACGCUCUUUCAUUGGACGUUUUAUUGUCCAAGGGUUUAGCCUUGGGCUGCCACAGUUCAGCAUGUUGGUUACACGUUUUCAACGCCUGUGUUGCUGUAGCAAGUUUAGAACAUGCUUUGUUCAGCAAAACUGGUUCCACCCAGUUGUUGAUGGUGGCCCAAAGCACACCUAAUAAUACCGUCACUUCAGUUACUUGCAGUGACUCCCACAACAAGUUGAAUAUGAAUUUUAAUAUACAAACCAACGAGGAAGAAACCUGUGUGGAUGUAUAUAGCUUCCUUCAUAACUCAACCUAUUCAUCCAGCGAUCAAAAUUCGCAAAAUGACGCGACUAUAGCGGAAAUCGUUGAGAGAAGUGGUGUCAACAAUUCCCAAGGGCAAGGUAUAUUACGAGGUGUACAUGCAGCCAAGGUGUGCUGCGUUUUAUCACAAAAAGCGGACGAAUUGUUUCACUCAGCCGCCCUUAAGCUAUCACUACCAGGACUGUGUAGUUUUCUUCUUGAGUUAUGCAAGGCUUCACAUUCGCAAUUAUUUACCCGCUAUGAAGAAACCCCCGGUAAACUCAAAAAGUGGUGGAAAAAAGAGCUGGAAGCCCAGCAAAAACCACCCGCUACCCUCCUGUUGCACAGAAUCGGCGAGGUGACAUUAAAGUGCAUCAAGUCGGGUCGCCCUUUGAUCCACAUCAUGAAAGUCUGGUCCAUCGUCGGUCCGCACUUCAUGCAGGCGGCCUGUCAUAAAGACCGCACGAUAUCCAAGAAAGCCGUGACUUGCAUCCACGACUCCGUCACAGCCUUACUGAACGAACAAGCCGAGUUGCCGCACUUCCAUUUCAACGAGGCUCUCAUAAAACCGUUCGAGAAUUUGUUGUGCCUGGAGCUGUGCGAUCCGGACGUGCAAGAUCAGAUCGUGGCGUGCCUGUGCGAGUUCGUCGAGGCCAACAGGACCGAGAUCUGCUCCGGUUGGAGGCCGCUGUUCGGCACGCUUAGAGUUGCGAACGCCAAGAACAACGCCGCAGCCGUUCUGGAUGUGUUCAAGCUAUUUCUGUCCACCGAUAAUACUUUGGUGUUCGCCAAUGCAGCUUUGGAUUAUAUACUGUGUUUAUUGUCCCAUAUUAAAACAGCAAACUUCGACGAUAAUCCGGAGCCGUUGAUCUGCAAACCACCGCAAAAGGCGCUGAAUUUCCUGGAUAAGGAUGCUGAGUUUUCCGCCAAGUUGUCUUUAGGCCCAGUGGAUUUGUGUAUCGAGUCUUUAAAGCUUCUACAGAAUUGCUCGGCCAUAUUGUCUGUAAUGUAUAACAUGCCGAAAUGCCCGACCUUCAACCUUACCCACAGGAUGAGCAUCGAUACCAACCCCCAGUUGGUAGACCCGGUUAUACAGAAUAUAGAGAUCAUCAAUUUUAACCAGGAUAAUAUCGACCAAAUAAGCUACAAAUGUUUAUCGACGAAGCCCGAUUUUGAAAGGUGCGAGAAGAUGAACAUUACUUUGAACCACAUGGAUCGCCAAAGCGGUGUGCUCAAAAUAUGGUAUGUUCUCCUUGAAGGUUUAUCUUCCGCCUCUGUGACUUCGGCACAUAAGAAUCAACCGUACGUGGUGGAGACGCUCUUUAAAUUAAUCAGGGACUUGAUUGAAACCCCUGGCAUCAACUUUGGUUUAUACUGCAUCAACCAUUUGCUGUUACCAAUGGUGCAGAAUUGGUUGCGACAGAACGCCAAAGUUCACAAACCAGGAGACGUUUGGCAGAACUUCAAGCAUUGCUGUGGCUUAGCCAGCGAGUUGGUGGUCGAUUACCUGCAUCAUCUACAGGAAGACAUGCCUGAACCUGACAAAAAGGAUUUGGAUAAGGAGAAUCCGGCUGCCACCUUGGCUUUGAAACAACUACUGCUGAUCCUGAUCGAAUGUUCGGCUCAACCCUCGGAAAACAUCGCCAGACUUGGUACGUCGUGCAUAAGACACAUCAUAUUGAGCGCUGGAAAGAUUCUCACCAUAAACCAAUGGGAAAUAUUCGUCGUAGCGCUGCAUAGAGCGUGCACAGUUACUCUGAACCCGUUACAUCAGCUUACCUUGGCCUUCAAAGAGAACUCUGACAGCUUCUAUGGCGAUUUAGCAACUGUUAAAGUGGCAGCCAGAAAAGACAGCAGCAUUUCUGAGAACGAACGUUUGAACGAGUUAUCGAAACAAGUUUUCUUGAUGCAGUGUCAAAGGAAUUGUUGUAAAUGCCUCGGGAAGAAUUGUGAGUGUGAUACUGGUGGUAUUGUAAUCGACGAUAGAAGCUACGUGUUCUUAUUGUACCCUCUGGAUAUGGCGUCUACGUUGAAUAUUGAUUUGUAUACAGUAAGGGUGCCAUUCAGAAAUAUGGUUGUGGGAAUACUAGCCCACCAAAUGCUUGUACAAACGAUCUCAAGCGCUUUAUUGCAGAAUUUGACCCACAUAACCCCCAUACUGGGCAUCCUACAAAUCAACUCCUGCAGCCUGAGAGGCAUUCUAUCGCACGUUAACGCCAAACACAUAAACAUACUGCUGAAAUGUUUGGAGACGUCUAAUGUGCGCGCGAAGGAGUUCGACGUGCGUCCAGGUCUCAAAUUUUUGACUCAGAAGGUCGGAAAUCUGAGUAAGGCUGCGAAUUUGUACACCCAAGCUAACACGUCCGAGGUGGUUCAGAUUAUAGUUCUGAUUGAAUUGUGUCUGGAUGGGAUUCAGAAGUAUUCAAUACACCCUAAGGAUCUCAAGGGGAUUUUGGCUAGGGAAGAGAAGAGGAAGUGCUUGACUGACUUGGAUUAUAUCGAAGAGUUCCUGAAGAAAUUGCACGUCAAGUGGGAGAGUUUGUGUGAAAGUUACGUCAACUUAACUAUCAAUAUACCCGAUGAUGACACUAGUAUUGGAAGUGAGGCAGACAAAGUAACGCCGGACCACGUAAACAAAAUUGUCAACAAAGAGUUUCUACAGACACCCAAAAAACCAUUUAGGUUCGUGGACUUUAAGAACCAAGAUGACGAUAACUUGAGUACCAGCACCGAUUCAGAGAGUUAUCUGGAGAGAGACGUAUUACCAAACCUUAAAAGCGAUGAUGACAACGUCUUCGAGUCGAAUGAUUUUACCAGCAAACACGUUAAACUCAAAUCGAGCGUCAGUUUGGAUGAAACCAUCCUACAAAAACGCAACAAACCUGAUCUCUCGACCGACGAUGAAACCAAUGAAAUGGCGGCGAAAUACACAAAACAAGCCUACGAAAAAUACAAGGUGGAGUUGAAUUCCAUCAAAUACGACACCAAUACUUUACUGCAAAUACGGAAUCCGAGUCUAUCGAGCGAUAGCCUUAUAAAAACUUGCAUUAAUCCGAUGGAGAGAUCAAAAUCAGAAACGUAUGACAAACAACCUAGAUUGAACCCCUUUAUGAGCAACCUGGUGCCGCCUGCGCAACCAGUACCGCCAGAAAUUCAACAGCAAAGAAGCGUGAGUAUUUUUAGAGACUCCGAAGCAUUCAAGACCACGAGAAUAGAGACCAUGGAGGCUUGUUUGGAGCUGCUAAGCAGCCUUUCCUCUGAAAAACUCUCGCCUCUAGCCACCGUAUUGAAACAGGGUGCUGUUAUGCUUGUGGCGACUCAGAAUGAAAAAAUCAAGGUAGCGGCUGAGUUAUUACUGCAGAGGAUGAAUAUUUCUUACAUUGAUCACGAUAACUUUUAAGUCAAUUCUAUAUAGAAUCUAUGGGAACAUACGUACCUAGAUAGCUAAAGUCUGUGUAUUAUGUAGCUUAUUACCUACUUAGUAUUUUUUUGGUACUUAUACUAUUUUUGUAAUUGUAAAUGGUAGUUAUGUGAACUAUUUUUGUAAAUUUCUUUAUUUGUUUAUGCCGUCCUGAUUUAUAGAUGUUUGAAUUGAAAUUACAGGGUGCAGAGUAUAAAAUGUUGAAAAUUUGAAGUUUUAACCAUAGCUGAAUUUUGGGAACAGUUAAGGCUUAGCAAAACUAAAAGUAUUGUGAUAUGGUAAUGGAUUUUUACGUAUUUUUUCAGCAUUAUUAUUGUAAACAAAAUAUUUAUUUUUAAGUGAAAAGUCAUGUAAUUUAGAUGAGCAAUACAGAAUAUAUCCAA